UAGUAGAACUGUCAAAACAAGUAAUCAAAACAGACCAAAACAACAACAAACUUUUGUUUAGGUAGUUAAACAAAAGCUGUCAAACAAAUCAAAACAAAAACAAAAUUCGCUUCGGUUCCACCAAAUUAACGAAUCCGAAAUGCCCUGCUGCGUGUUCCGCUGUCCGGGUGGGCCCAAGUUGGUGCGCUUCCCGGCCGUCCCGGCCCUUCGCGAGCGCUGGCUCGAAGCGAUCCGUGCCGGCACGGGGACCCGAAUUCCAAGCGAUCUGCUCCAAGGCAAGACGCUCGAGCUGUGCGUGUCCCACUUUGCCAAGGAUCCGACCGAGUGCGGGGACGAGUACCAGGAACCGUCGCGGUUUGUCAAUCGUUCCGGCAAGCCGUUGAAGAUCGGCAGCUGCCGACUGUGUCAUAGAUUUGGUCCGCAGCGCGAAAUGAUCUCGCUGCAGGGCAAAGUGGCCGCAGACUUCCGCAUCGACGUCAUCCUGCAACAGCAAUCGAUCCUCAAAGUCGAACUCAAGGCUUCGGACUUCCUACAGCAAAUCUGCCAGGAGUGUCUGGUUCGGGUCGAACUGAUCAAGUCAAUUCAGCGGGAGUUCUACUACAAGAACGCCACCUUCAAAACCCUUCAGAAAAGCCUAACCUCGCUGGAGGUUGUCCAGAGCAGGGAGACUCGCCGAAAACCACCACAACCCAUAAUCGACUGUGACCUGCUGGACGAGGACUCGAUCGUGGGUUUCACGAUCGAUAAGACGAACCCGCUGCAGCAAACGUGGAACGUUCCAGAACUUCAACCAUCUCCAUCGAAUCUCAUCGUAAAGCCGAAGAAACAACCCCGCGAACCUCCGCCAAAUCAACGAACCUCCAAGUGCUACAUCUGCCGAUUGCAGUUCCACGGCCGGGAAGAUCUGAUCUACCACCUGGAGCAGAGCCACGUGGCCAAGCCCCGGUACGGCUGCUCGGAGUGCAGUUCGAAAACAGCGCGCUUCAAGGAGAUUACGGCGUACAACGUGCACCUGAGCUGGCACGACGAAGGGGAGCGGCCGCUCAAGUGUCGCAAGUGCCCGCUCAGGUUCGUGACCAAGCGGGGCCGGUUGGACCAUGAGAGGCGGGUUCAUUUGCGGAGAAGCAAAGGGAAGGCAGGGGUUUUGAAGGGGAGGAUUGCCGCGAAGAAGGUUCUGGCGACCUCAGGAAGUCGACGUGCAAAGGUUGUAAAGAGCUGAUUAAGAAACUAAUAAAUCGUUUUUCAACUUUUCAAAAA